ACAUCUCUGUACAGGAUCACUCCUGGAGAUGAUGACAACACUUGAUGUGUACUGAGGAUUCCUGUAACUGGUCGAAUGGUUGGUGGAAGCAGGUUGUCAAAAGAAAGAAAAUGGCUACAACUGGAAAUGUUAUAUCAACUCAAAGUGCUGAUUACUAUGAAGAGUACUAUGCUGAGUACAAUGAAUCUGAAGGUCAAGUGUGUGACAGAACAAGCACCAUGAGUUUUGGAGUAAUCAUCACUCCACUGUUCUUCUCCAUUGUUGUGAUCUUCAGUCUGUUUGGCAACAUCCUGGUCAUUGUGAUUUUGACUAAGUAUGAGAAUGUCAAAUCUCUCAACAACGCUUUCAUCCUGAACCUGGCUGUAUCGGAUCUCCUCUUCACUGCAGGCUUGCCCUUCUGGGCUAACUACCAUAUGUAUGGAUGGACUUUAGGGGAGCGUGCAUGCCAAAUAGUCACCUAUGUCUUCUAUGUUGGCUUCUACAGCAGUGGUAUCCUCCUCAUCCUCAUGACUGUUCAACGUUAUGUAGCUGUCAUGAAUCCUCUGUCUAACAUUGUGUCCCCCAAAGGCAUCUACAGUGUCCUAGCAUCACUAGUUGUUUGGGUAGUGAGUGUAUUGGUCGCCAUUCCAGCCUUCAUAUUCACCAAAGUCCUAGACCAGAAUCACUGUCAGUAUGAAAGCUCUUAUGGGAGCUUAUGGGGAAUCUACCAGCAAAAUAUUCUCUUCCUAGUGAGUUCAGCUGUAUUCAUUUUUUGCUAUUCUCAGAUCAUGUGCAGGUUGCUGCGUCCUACUGCCCAAAGACGAAAGACCAAAACUUUAAAACUCAUUUUCACUCUCAUGGUUGUUUUCUUUCUGGGCUGGGCACCUUACAAUAUUGUAAUAUUUCUACAGUCUUUCGACUUGCGGCCCAAACCACCAGCAGACUCAAGGACUCUGGUUCGAAAUUGUGAAAAAUCAAAAGAACUGGAUUAUGCCUUAUACAUUACCCGAUUUUUUGCCUUUUCACACUGUUGCCUUAACCCUGUGUUUUAUGUGUUUGUGGGAGUUAAAUACAAAAACCACUUGAAGAAAAUGCUGAAGAGUUUGGGUCGCAACAACAGCAGCAUUCGCAGAAGGUCAAGGCCACUUACAGUCACAUCGAUAACAAGCGAGUUGUCACUGAACAUUUAAAGAGCAGAAAUGAAACAAAAAAAAAUCCAAAUCCAUUGA